AGCUGCGAGUGUGACAUCACGCCCUUCCGACCCGCGGUCCGUGUUGCCACAUUGAGUUUGACCAUGGCUCCGCGACAGUGGAUGCAGUUUCUAGCGGUGCUGCUGCUACAGAGCGGCAACAUCAGAGCUGAAUUACUAGUGCUCAUCACCGACCACAACGGCGCCAUCUACAAGAUGGAUGCAAAUGGUCAGAACAUCGUAUUCCACGACCAAAAAGGAACGGAAGAUAUUGCCUAUGAUCCAGUUGAAGAACAAGUCUAUUGGUCCAAUCUUGACACCCAUUCUGUUAGCAGAAUUGACCUCGAUGGUGGAAAUUACGUGAAACUUUUCGACAUCGAAAAAUCUCAGGGACUUGUGUUGGAUCCGACCUCAAGGAUUCUUUUCUACAGCGACGAUAGAACAGCGGUCAUUGGGAAGUACCACCUGGAGACGAGGGUGAAAGAUGUGAUUGUUCGUUCAGACUUGACCAGACCACACGCCCUUGCAGCUGAUGCACGUAGAAGGAAACUCUACUGGUCCGACAUUGGCGACUCCCCCAAACUAGAGAUGGCUGACUACGACGGAGACGACAGAGAAACCCUUGUACGCUCUAGCCUGAUCUGGCCCACGUCGUUGGUGUUAGACAAAACCGGUGACAAUUUGUUCUGGGUUGAUGAACACGGAAGCCUGAAUGACGUGAAGGCACUAGACCUCUCAACAAGGACUUCAAGGUCCAUACCCUACACGGGACGCCAACGUGAAUUCUUUGAUAUUGAUUUGUGCAACGACAUUUUAUACUUUAUUGACCGGGAGAGCACGUCUGUCUAUUUGUCGAUGCCAAUAACGGGUGGACGAUUAAUAACUACAUCAAUACCGAGAGGGAUGUCCAUAUACAGACAUAUCCGGGUAUUCAACCACCCACAAGAAUGCCCGCCUGGUAGCCAUGGGAAGGAAUGCCAGCUGCCAUGUGGACACUGCCGUGAUGAUAUGCCCUGUACACGUGAUACCGGGUACUGCCCAUCAGGAUGCCGACCAGGGUGGAUAGGGGACAUGUGCACUGAGGAGUGUACGGACGGUUAUUUUGGCGUCAACUGCAAGGAGUCAUGUGGCCAUUGCAAAGGAGAAGCUGCAUGUGACAAAUCGAAUGGACAAUGUGCCUCAGGAUGUGAAAGUGGCUGGGUUGGAUAUAACUGUAUUCAAGAGUGCACGGAAGGUUAUUUUGGAGUCAACUGCACAGACUCGUGUGGACACUGUCUGGGUAGAGUUGCGUGCGACAAAGCAGAUGGGCGGUGUAUUUCAGGAUGUGAUGAAGGCUGGUUUGGAUUCACCUGUACUAAAGAGUGCAUCGAUGGCUAUUUUGGUGUAAACUGCAAUCAGUCCUGUGGCCAAUGUAAGGGUGGAACUCCGUGUGACAGAGAAGAUGGGAGAUGUCUCUUUGGGUGUGAAACUGGUUGGAUUGGGUACAACUGUACUCAGGUCACUCUUCGAUCAGGGACCCAUCAAGAAGUCAACCUCGUCCCCGUCGUGGUUGGUGUUUGUGUUGCUGCUGCUGUCCUGCUUGCAGUCCUGGCACUGGGUAUCUACAUCUGCAGAAAAUCAUCACCACCCAGUCAAGGACAAGAUACUGUAGUCUACCUCGCCAAGACUCGGCAUUGUAUAAACACCCGCCUUGUGUGUAUCCUGAACAUGAAGGGAUAUAGUUGCUUUGGUACACUCUGUGGAUUUAUUGUUAUGAACACUGUAAUAACAGACUGUCAAGCUGAUGUCAUGGCGCUAAUCACCGACUACAAUGGCCCCAUCUACAAAGUGAACACUAUCUCUAGAAACGUCAGCGUCGUGUACCGCGAUGUACGUGGUGUUGAGGAUGUUGCCUAUGAUCCAGUGAUGGAGCAUGUGUACUGGUCUAAUCUUGUAAGGAAAAAUAUUCAGAGAGUCGACCUCAAAGACGGACACCAUACUACAGUUUUGGAAGUGGGAAAAUGCCAAGGACUGGUGAUAGCUCUUGAAUCUAGACUGCUGUUCUACAGUGACGACAUCACGGACGUCAUACGGAAGUAUGACCUGAAGACGAGCAAGGACAUUGUGAUCAUACGGUCCAAUCUGGGCAGAGCACAUGCUGUCUCUGUUGAUGACGUCAAUCGCAAAGUGUUCUGGUCAGAUGUAGGUCAGAACCCCAAGAUUGAGAUGUCGAACUACGAUGGCGGAAACAGGUUGACUUUAAUACAUGCAAGAGGUGGAAUCGUCACCCCAACAUGUCUAGUUGUAGACAGUACAGGUGAAAAUCUGUAUUGGGUUGAUGAGCACAGAUCUCGGAGUGAAAUCAAGGUCAUUCAACUAAACCAAACAACAGUGAGAUCUAUACCGUAUGGCGGGCGUUCUGAUUUCUUUUCAUUUGACUUGCUCAACCAGAACUUCUACCUAAUCGACCUUAGACAAAGGAACGUCUUUCUGUCCGUGCCGAUAACUGGAGGGAGUAUGGUGUCUUACCCAAUACCACCUGGGAUGUCAGCAUACCGGAGUAUCCGAGUCUUCAACAACCCCAACAAGUGCACGGAGGGGUAUUUUAGCGUCAACUGCCAGCAACCCUGUGGACACUGUUUGGAUGGAGUUGGGUGUGACAGAUCAGAUGGACGAUGUACAUCAGGAUGCGAGGCCGGCUGGCUUGGCGUCAGUUGUAACCAAGAGUGCCGGGAUGGGUAUUUUGGUGUCAACUGCGAAGAUUCCUGUGGCCAGUGUAGUGAUGGAGCUUCUUGCAACAAAACAGAUGGAGGAUGCCCCUCAGGAUGCGAGGCUGGGUGGUUUGGGUACAACUGUACCCAAGAGUGCACGGAGGGGUAUUUUGGCGUCAACUGCCAGCAACCCUGUGGACACUGUUUGGAUGGAGUUGGGUGUGACAGAUCAGAUGGACGAUGUACAUCAGGAUGCGAGGCCGGCUGGCUUGGCGUCAGUUGUAACCAAGAGUGCCGGGAUGGGUAUUUUGGUGUCAACUGCGAAGAUUCCUGUGGCCAGUGUAGUGAUGGAGCUUCUUGCAACAAAACAGAUGGAGGAUGCCCCUCAGGAUGCGAGGCUGGGUGGUUUGGGUACAACUGUACCCAAGGCUGUGACGGGGGAAAGUGUGAAGCGCCAUGUUCCAGCUUUGUCUACAUGUUUCUCCCUGGGCCCGGGUAUCUGAAUGUAACGGGAUGGUAUGUCAAUGUUUCAGAGUGCACGGUGGGGUAUUUUGGCGUCAACUGCCAGCAACCCUGUGGACACUGUUUGGAUGGAGUUGGGUGUGACAGAUCAGAUGGACGAUGUACAUCAGGAUGCGAGGCCGGCUGGCUUGGCGUCAGUUGUAACCAAGAGUGCCGGGAUGGGUAUUUUGGUGUCAACUGCGAAGAAUCCUGUGGCCAGUGUAGAGAUGGAGCUUCUUGCAACAAAACAGAUGGAGGAUGCCCCUCAGGUUGCGAGGCUGGAUGGUUUGGGUACAACUGUACCCAAGGCUGUGAUGGGGGAACGUGUGAUGCGCCAUGUCCCAACUGUAGCCAAGCACAGGACUGUGGUGUUACCGGGAGGUGUUCAAGUCUCGUUACCACAGGUUACGACCCUGUUCCUGUCGUGGCUGGUGUGUGUGGAGCUGUCGGUGUUGUGGGCGUGUUGGCAGUCACUGUAUUCCUCACCAGAAGGCACCGGGCAGGCGUUCCCCAGCCCCAGAGACAAGGGGACAACACGGUGGUGUACAAGAUCAUGGAGGACAUCCAAGACCAAACUACCCCCGACCAACUCAUACACAUUUGAUACAAGCUGUGGCGAAUCUGUGACAUCGCGCUAUAUGCAGCAGCACAGAGAUGUCAGGACGUGUUCGACUUUAAUGUAACACAAAAACGGAUUUACGUACUUUGAGAACCAGACGUGUUCUACUGCAUUCACAAAACAG